UCUCUCUCUCUCUAUACUCUGAUGCCUCCUCCUCCUCCUGCUCUUCCUUUUCUCCUCCAAUCGAAAUCCAUCCUUCACUGUCUGACAUUCAUACGACCUGGCCGGCUGGGGAGGGGGUUGUGGAGCGGUCUGGGUUUUCAUUUUUCUUCCUUGGGGGUCUCCUGUUUUGUGCUUCAGAUCUUGGUUUUGUUCCUUCCCAUUUUCCGUUUUUCGCUUGGGUGGGAAGGGGAGGAGGAGAAAGGGGACGUAGGGAUCGGUCAUCCGUGGUGGGUGUCUGAAAGCAGAGAAGGAGGGGACCUCCAUUGCUCGCUUCGCUUCCUCGCACCUCCAUUUGCAUAUGCGAGACGCAUUUGUACAUAUAUCCUAAUUAAAGUAAGAGGGGCGACGUUUUGAAUAUUAUCCCAAACAGGAGAAAAAGGGAGAGAGAGAGAGAGAGAGAGAGAGAGAGAGAGAGAGAGAGAGAGGCAAAGCGCCAGGCAAUAUAACAGGGUUGGGGUGGAAGUGGCAGUGGUGGCAAGAAGACGCCUUCUCCACCUCCCCCCAUCCCCUAAAGCCCUCUCCCAGCAGUCUUCCCCCAACCCCUACUCCCAGUACGUGCGGACCGUGCGGUCCGACCCCCGCCGAUCUGUCUCUAUCCCUGCCUAUGAGUGGUCAUGGAGAGCGGUAGAAGAUGAGGCGAUCACUCAGCAUUGCGGAACGCAACCCCAUGGAGAUGGACGCUUCUUCAAGCCCUGACACUUCUUCCGACUCCUCUCAAAGGCCCGUCCUUGAAGGGGAAAGAGUCUUCUUCGUGCCCUACAGAUGGUGGAAAGAAGGGCAAGAUGCUUUCGCUGCCGAAGAAGAUGGAGGUGGAAGCGCAUCUGCUAUCGUUUAUGCUUCAUCCCCUUGUAAUGCAGGACCCAUGAAGAUCAUCACCAAUAUGUUCGUCUCUGAUCUUGUCUUCAACCUUAAGCAACGCGGAGAUUUGUCCGGGCGGCUUGAGAACAAUGACUGCGAGGUCUCUGGUAGGGACUAUGCACUGCUCACAGAGGAUAUGUGGCUUCAAACUCUUAACCGGUUUUCUUGUAGGAAUGACGUUUCUAAAAGUGCUCAUAACUGUGGAAAUCUGGUAGAAGAUAGUAAACUUGAAGUUUAUCCUCUACGACUGAGGCUAUCUGUGAUGCGUGAUAGCAAUCAACUAACUGCAAGGAUAAGCAAAAAGGAUAAUAUUCCAGAAUUUUACAAACGGGCUUGCAAAAUUUUCAGUGUUGAAUCUGAACCGGUGCAAAUUUGGGACUUAUCUGGGCAGACAGCUUCUUUUUUCAUGAAUGACAAAAUAAAAGUUCCUAAGGAUUUUCAGCGUCAAGCAGAUCAAGAGAUGCUAUUGGAGUUGCAGGUGUACAAGGUUACUGAUUCUGUAAAAAGCAAAAGCGAAGGAAGGAAAGAAGAUGUAAUUGUCCAACAAUCUCGCCUAGCAUCUUCAAGUAAUGGUUCCCUUCUCACUAAUGGCAGCACAUGCAAUACUGAAGUGGACUCAAGUUCAGCCAACUCUUUCAUUUCAGUAAUGGGCGGGAGCUAUGGAAAAUCUGCUUCUUUAGGAUUGCUCGGAUUGCAGAACCUGGGCAAUACUUGCUUCAUGAAUAGUGCAGUACAGUGUUUGGCGCAUACACCCAAGCUCGUUGAAUAUUUCCUUGGGGACUACAGUAGAGAAAUAAAUCAGCAUAACCCACUGGGGAUGGAUGGGGAACUUGCUGUUGCAUUUGGAGAGUUACUAAGGAAAUUAUGGGCUCCUGGGAGAACUCCGGUGACCCCUCAGUUGUUUAAAUCCAAACUUGCUCGUUUUGCCCCUCAAUUCAGUGGCUUCAAUCAACAUGAUUCACAAGAGCUUCUUGCCUUUUUGUUGGAUGGACUUCAUGAAGAUCUGAACCGUGUGAAGCAUAAGCCAUACAUAGAAUCGAAAGAUACACCUGGUCGGCCAGAUGAGGAAGUCGCUGACGAGUAUUGGGCCAAUCACCUAGCACGUAAUGAUUCCAUCAUUGUAGAUGUUUGCCAAGGUCAGUACAGGUCGACAUUAGUGUGCCCUGUAUGCAGCAAGGUGUCAGUUACAUUUGAUCCAUUUAUGUAUCUAUCUUUGCCACUACCUUCAACCACAACCCGGACAAUGACAGUGACACUCCUCAGUACUGAUGGUUUAUCCUUACCAAUUCCUUAUACUGUAAAUGUACCCAAAUAUGGGAAAUGCAGUGAUCUAAUUCAGGCUAUGGGCACUGCUUGUGCAUUAAAGGAUGACGAGAAACUUGUUAUGGCUGAGAUUUAUUCCCAUCGAAUUAUUCGUUACUUAGAGGAGCCUUCUGAUUCCCUUUCGCUGAUUAGAGAUGAUGACAGACUUGUGGGAUACAGGAUUUCAAAAGACUCUGUGAAUCUUCCUAUUGUGGUAUUCAUGCAUCAACGCUUGGAUAGGCAUUGCCUUACUGGGCAAAUCACAUCCAAUUCGAAAGCUUUUGGCCUACCUCUGAUCACAUGCUUGCCCAAUACUUGUAAUGGAUCUGAUAUUCAUCACCUCUUCCAGAAGCUAAUGGUACCUUUCCUAAAACCGGCGCAAGAAAAAGUUCAUGGCCUUGAUGAUGAUGGUAAUAAUAGAUGUCAGAAAGGUAGUGAAGCCAGUGAAACUUCCUCUUUAGACACAGAAGGCAAUGACUCAAAUGAGAAACCUGAGUUUUGUCCCCAGUUCAGAUUUCUCCUGUCAGAUGAGAAGGGUGUGACCAAAGAUGUUACUAUUAAUGUGGAUAGUGCACUUCCUGUUACAGACACAUGCAGACGGUUGCAUGUUCUCGCUUGCUGGCCAGAUGCAUUAAUUGAGCAAUAUGAUAUAAAUCAUCUUAGCAAUCUUCCUGAAGUAUAUAAGUCUGUACUUUUUGCGAAAAGACCCCCGGAGUCUGUUACACUGUAUGCUUGUCUUGAAGCUUUCUUAAAGGAGGAGCCUUUAGGACCGGAAGAUAUGUGGUACUGUCCAAGUUGUAAGAUGCAUAGGCAAGCCAGCAAGAAAUUAGACCUAUGGAGGCUCCCUGAGGUUCUUGUGAUUCACCUUAAGAGGUUCUCGUAUAGCCGUUUUGUGAAAAACAAACUGGAAUCUUUCAUAGAUUUUCCAAUCCAUGAUUUGGACCUAUCAAGAUACAUUGCAAGGAAAACUGGACAAUCUUAUUAUUACAAGCUAUAUGCAGUGAGCAAUCAUUAUGGGAGCAUGGGAGGUGGUCAUUACACUGCUUAUGUUCAUCAUCUUGGAGAAAAUCGCUGGUAUGAUUUUGAUGAUAGCCACGUUUCACCGAUUUCAGAAGAUAAGAUAAGAACGUCAGCUGCAUAUGUACUUUUCUACAGAAGAAAUGCCGUUGGCCCAUCACAAACCUAGAUGUGUUAACAUGUCAUGUGUAUGUGACAACAACAUUGCCUGGCUGAAAGAUCUCGGGAACUAUCAGCAAUUUAUUAACUUCAACACUUAAUAGGAUGGUCAUGUUGAGGAUAUUCUUUGAUUCUCAGAGUUUCAUUCGAGCGGUUGAGGAUACUGACAACUAAAGGCAUGUGCAGAACAAUGGUUGAUGGAAUUGCUGUAACAUAAAUGGUGCAAAGCUAGGGAAGAUGUGUCUGCCCAUGCCAGGUUUUGUAGUUCUACUAAUAUCUCGAUCAUGUAACCCUUUCACCACAAUGAAAGGCUGUCAACAGUUUGUGAGGUCUUGUAUUUGAUUCGAUUUGUUAUUGUAGCUAUUGAAAUCAAAUAUAUAUUUUUUACACUAUAGAAUGAGAAGUGUUUGAUGUUGCAUCUCCUUUUACUCA